GAAAACAGUCAUGCACUCUUCUUCCAGUGUACGUCAGUCCGGGGCAAGAGGAAACGAGAUUUCUCACCUUCCGGCGAUCUCUACGGUAAAUCUCCGUAAACCCCGGCGAGAUCCCGACGGUUCUCUAUCUCUAUCCGAUCUAGUUCGGUAGAUCCUCCGAAUCAUGGCUCCGGUCUCGGCUCUCGCCAAGUACAAGCUCGUGUUCUUGGGAGAUCAGUCCGUCGGCAAGACCAGUAUCAUCACUCGGUUCAUGUACGACAAAUUCGACAACACAUACCAGGCCACAAUUGGUAUUGAUUUUCUAUCAAAGACAAUGUAUCUUGAAGAUCGAACUGUUAGAUUGCAACUCUGGGAUACAGCUGGGCAGGAGAGAUUCAGGAGUCUUAUUCCGAGUUAUAUCAGGGACUCGUCUGUUGCUGUCAUUGUGUUUGAUGUUGCAAGUAGGCAGUCCUUCCUAAACACUUCUAAGUGGAUCGAAGAGGUUAGGACUGAGCGUGGCAGUGAUGUGAUAGUUGUGCUUGUGGGUAACAAAACAGACCUUGUGGACAAAAGGCAAGUAUCAAUAGAGGAAGGAGAAGCCAAGGCUCGCGAGCUUAAUGUGAUGUUUAUCGAAACCAGUGCAAAAGCAGGCUUCAACAUAAAGGUAAAACGAUUUCUGCUUCGAUUUUCCAAGAUAGCGGCAGCUUUGCCUGGAAUGGAGACACUGUCUUCGACGAAGCAGGAAGAUAUGGUCGAUGUGAAUCUCCGGUCUUCCAAUGCAAAUGCAUCUCGUACACAGCAGCAGGCCGGAGGGUGUUCCUGUUAAUGCCACAAAACAAAAUUGACAGAAGAAAAAAAUGAAGGGAACUAACUCCUCACAUGCACAUGCUCUCUCAAGCUCACAUCCAUCUGUAAAAAAUUUUGUCUGCUUCCGUUUUCCAACUACAUGCACUUUGUUCUGUCUCCAUUGUUCCAAAACAAAAAGGGAAGUUGAUCUUUGGACUCUUCCGUGGUAGUACUCGUGCACUUUAUAUGUAAUUGUGUGGACCGACUUUUCGAUCAUUCACAUGUAUUGUUGUGGAUUUGGUUA